CAGGUUGGCGGGCAGCCCCGGAGCCGGGCGAGCCUCUGCGGCGCGGGCACUGUGGGAGCUUACCCAAGUUUCUUUUUUCCCGCCGCCCCGCAGCCGUCGGGGCCCCGCGGAGACGGCGGGUGGGUGAGAGCCGGUCGCGGUUCCCGCCGCCGGUCCCGUUCCCCUGGGCGGCUGGCGAGCAGGACCAGCCCUUGCUCAACGUUUUACAUCCCCCUAGGUCGGCGCUGUGCUUGCCAGCCACUUCUAGGAGCCUGACUGGGCCGGGUGCGAGGGUGCGCUCCUGGGAAGCAUUAAAAAGGAAAAAAAAAAAGAAAUGAAAACCACAAUAAAUAAGGGGUGACCUGGAGCGGGAGAAGGGUGGCAAAUGUGCAUUUGGAAGACAAGGGAAGAGGGGUAAGGAGGGCGGCGAGGGCGAGCGGAGCACGGAAGGGAACGGCGGCGCGGCGCGGGCCGGGCCUGGGCGGCGGGAGGCCGGGGCGGCGGGCGGGCGGCGGGCGGGCGGAGCGGGGCGAUCCGGGCGCUGACAUUUGCAGGCUGCCCUCCUGAUUGGUCCCCGCGCCGAGCUGCUCACAGGUUCAUUGAAGUGUUAAGCACCUCCCCGUCUCUCUAAAGGACAUUAUAAUGCAAGAGACCCCCUUUUUAACCACACACCGAAUUUUCUUUCAUUUAGGGGAUCUAUAUAUAUAUAUAUAUCUCAUAUCUUAUAUCUAUUUUAAAUAACUUAAGGCCGCUAAAAUUUGGGGGGGAACAGCCUUCGCCCUGGAGCGGUGCGCGAUGCUGUCUCACGCCGACCUCCUGGACGCCCGUCUCGGGAUGAAAGAUGCGGCCGAGCUGCUGGGACACCGGGAGGCGGUGAAGUGUCGGCUGGGCGUAGGGGGCUCGGAUCCGGGGGGACACCCGGGAGACAUGGCUCCCAACUCGGACACGGUAGAAGGGACCACCCUGCUGCCGGGGGAGGACAUCACCACGGUGGGAUCCAACCCCAGUUCCUUAGCCGUCAGCGCCAAAGACCCCGACAAGCAGCAAGGCCAGCAGGGUGGCCAGAACCCCAGCCAGGCUGGUCAGCAACAGGGGCAGCAGAAGCAGAAGCGGCACCGCACCCGCUUCACUCCGGCACAGCUGAACGAGCUGGAGAGAAGCUUCGCCAAGACCCACUACCCGGACAUCUUCAUGAGGGAAGAGCUGGCCCUGCGCAUCGGCCUCACUGAGUCCCGGGUGCAGGUCUGGUUCCAGAACCGGCGGGCCAAGUGGAAGAAGCGCAAGAAGACCACGAACGUCUUCCGCGCCCCGGGCACGCUGCUGCCGACGCCGGGGCUGCCGCAGUUCCCCUCGGCUGCCGCCGCCGCCGCCGCCGCUAUGGGCGACAGCCUCUGCUCCUUCCAUGCCAACGACACCCGCUGGGCCGCCGCCGCCAUGCCGGGCGUGUCGCAGCUGCCGCUGCCGCCGGCGCUGGGCCGGCAGCAGGCCAUGGCGCAGUCCCUCUCCCAGUGCAGCCUGGCGGCGGGGCCGCCGCCCAACUCCAUGGGCCUCUCCAACAGCCUGGCGGGCUCCAACGGGGCCGGGCUGCAGUCGCACCUCUACCAGCCCGCCUUCCCCGGCAUGGUGCCCGCCUCCCUGCCUGGGCCCAGCAACGUGACCGGCUCGCCCCAGCUCUGCAGCUCCCCGGACAGCAGCGACGUGUGGCGGGGAACGAGCAUCGCCUCCCUCCGCCGCAAAGCACUAGAGCACACAGUCUCCAUGAGCUUCACCUAAUGGCCGCCGCCACGUCCCCCGCCGCCGCCGCUUGGCCCUGCACCCUCGCGUCGCUCGCCCGUCCAUGCCCGACCCCCGCCUUCCCCCACCUGACUUACCAGGGAGUCGACUCAGGAUCUGAAACCAGACGCCAAAGGGCUGGUUUGUGGGCCCAGAAACACCCCCAUCCCCCCGU